CGGCGCGCCUCCAGCAUGGCGAUGGUGGUGGCGCUGCGGGCGGCGGGGCAGCGGCGGCCGGGGCUCGGCCCCGCCGGGGUCAGGGCGUUGUGGGGCGGCCGCAGGUACCCGCAGGGCGCGGGGAAGGAGGAAAAAGUGGAAGCAGACAAAGCAGUUGCUGAGAAGGAGGAGAGGCGUGAGCCUAGCGUGAUCUGUCCCCUGCCCCGCAGCUGGAGUUAUAUCCCUCCCAAGGACCUGCAAAGCUGCCUCGAGUCCCACAUCAGGGAGGUCUUUGGGCCCUCUCUCGCUGAGGACUGGCAGCAGACCCUGCUCCAGGAGAACAGGCUGAAGCAUAGCCUGCUGGCCCGGCUGGCGGCGGAGCUGGGACAUGCUGUCCCCAACUCCCAGCUGCACCGGAUGCGCUGCGCCAGGGACGUGCUGGGCUUCUAUCGCAUCCCUAUGAAGGACGAGACCAAGUUUGAUGAACUGGCGGCCACAGAGCUGCCCCCGAACCUGAAAAUCGUCUGGCAGCAAUGAGUCCYCCACAAGGGGCAUACCCAUGCCUGGUUUGUGCUGCAGGGCAGCAGCAGAGCCCUYUGCUUGGGGUGAGAUGUUUGAAUUUCACUAACAAAAGUUCACUGAAAUCUCUUAACUUAGUAAUGGUGAGGUCUCCAAUAGAMCUUUAAAAUCAGCUACCAUCAAUGCAUCUUGUUGAAUUCUCCAGUGUCAAGGGUCCCAUUUUUUAUGUUCUGUGGGUUUUAGUUUUUCUUGUAUGAUGGCUACUGUUUAGUAGAAAAACUGUUUAGUUUUUCUUCCUGUCUAACUGAUGAUCAGGUCUGCGUUUAAUCAGAGGAGGCAAACUGAAGUCAGGAGCACAAGCAAAUAAAUGCAACAAUCUGAGAAACGCAUGGUACUUUGAAUGUAUUCUACGGAAUGAGUUGUUUCCAGUGAGGUUGAGAGUGUGUAUGUGCGAUUUUUCUGGAAAUAAUGCAGAAAAGUCCUCAUUACACCACUCAGUGCCCUGAACCCUUGCUCCCCUGAUUUCUUGCAGCAUGCGGAUAGAUGCRUGAAGCACCCUGGUGCUUUUGUGUGUUACAAUGCUCACUUCUUCACUUGCUUAAGUGCUGCUUUUCUCUCAGAAACUCUGAAUAAAUUUAGGAAACCCUUUCUUUUCUCCUUUUGACUCUGGGGGAAUUACAGAAUAGUGAAAUGUACACCUACACGUUCCACAGUGGGGUGAACCUGAGUGAACUGGGGAUGUUUCACUGGUCACCAUGGAAGGCUGAAUGUUCACAAAUCCCUGCCCUGUAGCUUAUGGAAAACCACAAUGUGACAAAUGGCCAAGUGUCAUCAUGUCGGCUUCAGAGACUUUACAGGAACAAUGAGUUGGAAGUAUUUUUUCAUUAAAUUACAUCUUUCCAUCAAAAGAGAUACUUGCACCUCCUUUGCUGCGUUUCCUCGUGGCAUUCAUUAUCUAAGAAAACCCCCUCAGUAGCUGCAUUUUGUGCUCUCUCCCCCUUCUGUGUCUCUCCCAGGAUAUAACUUAGAUAGCUCAUGCAAUGUGAUCAGAACAGAGUAAAAAACUGGACUGGGAAUUAGGACAGGCAASAAAGGAGCGCAACAGCAGCUUGUCCUGUGUUUUGCUGUGCCUGAGUUGAGCCAAGCUGCCAUUUCCCUGAUCUCAGACAUACCAGUCCCUUGGAGGUGCAAACCUCAUGCUUCCAUCAGCACAGGAAGCUGCAGGGAGGAGUACAAGGGAAGAGGAUGAGACAUGGGUGUUUGAGAUUCAAAACAUUUAACUGCUUGUAACAAGCUGAAAAAGCAGAAAUCUGAAAUGGGGUCGAAGUUUUGCACACAGUGACUGUACCAUAGAGACAUAGACAUCCCAUAUUUUCUUUUAUGCCACAGGCAAAUUAAA